AUGCUGGUGCUGAAGGUGCUGGUGCUGGUGCUGAUGGUGCUGAUGGUGCCGGUUCACAUUGGUGCUGAUGCUGAUGUGACAGCGCUGUACAACGACGGCAUGGAGCAGGGAGACAAGUUUGCGCUGUUCCGUGCACAGACGAGCACGCUGCUUGCGCCGUUGGAGGCAGCUGAAAUUAAUCGGUGCAUUCAGGUGUUUGUACAAAGCCGCAACGUGUCUCAGUUUGUAGGAGAGCUGGCUCAGGUUUUGAAUAGGCCCGAGCGCUUGCCCUUGUAUGCCACCAUUGGACUCAUGAUCCCACAAAGCGUCCAAACUGAAUAUGAAGCCGCUACCACCCGAGCCACGGAGCAGGUUCUUCGGUCCAGCUCCGACCCCGCGCAGACUUCAGUCAGCCACUUUGCGCCCAUCAACCAGGCGGGCCCCCUUGCUCAGUCCCAGUCCCAGAACACGCCCCAUGCCACGGCUCCCACGAGCUCACCUGGUGAUCAUGUCAUGACCCAGCUUGGAUCCAAAGCCAUGCGCAGCCACCUAGCUGGCAAGCUGCGGCGUGAACGCACGCUCAACGUCUUUCUUUCUUCGCCCUUUGCCGGCCUGGAAACCGAGCGCCGCGCCUUUGUUGAGCGCUACCUCCCACUCCUUCAGCAUCAAUGCCAGGCUGCGGGCGUGGCUCUGGCCUGCACCGACUUGCGUUGGGGCAUUACGGCUGAGGACGCAAGCCAGCAGCGCACCCUCGACAUUUGUCUCCGCGAAAUUGAUCGUGCCGAUGUCUUUGUCGGUCUCUAUGGUCGACGCUACGGCUCUCAUCGCAUCGAAGGCAACCCCGCCACGGAGUGGCUUGAUGGCAAUCUCAAACUCGCAGCCAUCAAUUACCCUUUUGUCAUGCAAUGGGCGUCCCGCUCCAUCACCGAGUUGGAGUUUCGUCAUGGCUGCCUCAAUGCCCCAGACCGUCGUCCCGCCAUGUUCUUCUUCCGCGACCCAGCCUAUGAUGCCCGGCUCGCCACCGAACGGGUUGGCCACGACGAUGCACAUGCUUAUGUCAACCCAGAUCCCGAGUCCGCUCGUCUUAGAGAACAGCUUGAGACGGACGUCAAGCACCUCGCUCUCGCCCAACCAAGCUUGCAGAUCCACACGCAAAGCUAUACAGUCCCCGAAGCAGCCGCCGAGCAGAUGUAUCACCUCCUUGAGGCCCUCCUCACGGACGUCCUACCCGUCCCCGCCGCGGACGCGCACGCAGUAGAUGCCUACGAAGCCAAUAGUCACAUUAACUUUGCCAACACCCGACGCUCUCUCUUUCUGGGUGCCGAUACCUUGCGGCAGAAUCUUCAAGAUCUCGUGAAAGCAGCCAAGAAUCCCGUGGCAGUCCUCGGACCCUCGGGCAGUGGUAAAUCAGCACUCCUAGCCAACUGGCUCGUGGCACAUGAAACCCGCCACCCCCGCGACCGCGUCUUUGUCCACUUUUGUGGCUGUGAUGGCAAGAGCACCGCCCUGCACAACCUGUUGAUGCGGCUGUGCACUGCAUGCGCAUCUCCUGAACGCGCGCAGCUUCUCGUCAGUGCCAGCACCGAAGCGCUGGUUGAACAGUUGCCUGAACUCUUGCGCUCGGCCGCCAAGUCUUGCCAGGACCAAGGCCAAGGCCGCCUACUUGUGGUCAUUGAUGCCCUCAACCAGUUGGAUAAUGACGAGUUGCCCUGGCUGGGAGGCGCCACAGUGCACAGCCUUGCGUGGCUGCCUGUGGACCUUCCCCCAAACAUGCAACUCAUCGUGUCCACACUGCCGGGCCCUUGCGAAGACGAGCUCAAACAUCGACACUACGUGGCCCUUCAAACCCAACCACUCGAUGCGCCGAAUAAGACUGCGAUCGCAGAGACAAUUUUGGGUCGCGUCGGCAAAAAGCUCUCGCCACACCAACUGGCGCGCCUUGUGGCCAGCCCCGCUUGUGGUAAUCCCCUUCAUCUUCUACUGCUUUUGGAAGAGCUGAUUGCCUUUGGUCAUUUUUACCGCCUUGAUGACAAGCUGGAUCAACUGCUUUCAGCGCCAGCUGUGCCGGAGCUGCUGGAUAUGGUGUUGGCUCGAAUCGAUGAUUCCUUUGCUGAGCACCGUGAGCUGGUGCCAACCCUCAUGCGCGCCAUUUUUGUCAGUCGGGAAGGUGUGCCGGAAAUUGAAGUGUAUCAUCUGCUGCAAGCUUGGCAUCGCAGCUCUCCGCACAAGCCAGCACCGCUCCUGAUCACAGCGGCCCUGCAAGUCAAUCGUCACCUGCUCAUCGAUCGUGGCGGGCGCCUCAACUUUCUUCAUGACUACAUUCGCCAGGCUGUACAGCAGCGCUAUGUGACACAAAUCGAUGCGCUUGUAUUGGCACGGGUUCAUGACCUGCUGGCUGACGGGUUACGCGAGCAGCCACUCUUUUUUCCCGCUGGCAAGGCAGAGCACGAUGCACUGGUCAACCUUGAGUUUCUCGACGCCAAGUGCGUGCACGGCAUGGUGCAUGAGCUUUUGGACGACAUCCAUGCAUGCCUGCAGCACCAACAACGUGCUGCUCUUCAAGAAACUUGGCAACUCUUGCUCAACACUUUGCCCCUCCUGCGCUUCGACCUUCGACGAUGGAACAUGGCCACGGGUCGUGUGGAGGCCGUACGCGAUGCUGCCAGUGCUGCUAUCAACAACAUGACCGUGCUUCCCCCUGCCCCCGCGUGUCAGGAUGUAGCCCUCCUAGGUGACAAUCUUGCCGUAGUGUCCUGCUCAGAGACACAGGCUGCUCUUGCCAAUACAACCCCGCGUGUCACGCCGGGUUGUGUGCAGGUCUGGGACCUGCAGGCUCGGCGUGAGCUUGCCCGUUUUACGGAUGUUGGCACGCCGCUGGGUUUGGCAGUGGAUCACACAUCCAACGUGGUCUUUGUAUAUUCCUAUGGUCAUUUGCUGGAACAACCAACAGCUGUGCGAGCCCUUCAAUGGGAUGGCCAGGCUUUGACGCAGAUUGCCCAUGCGGAUCUGGCUCAUCUACCCCCGGAUCGUCUUGAUGCGCGUGAACGUCUCCUGGGCUUGCGUCUGCUGGCCUGGCAUGCGUCGUCUCAAGUGUUAUAUGUCGUGGAUGGCUGCGAUUUGCGUCGAAUGUCUUUGAAGAGCCGGACCCAGCUCUUACCGGUCGCUCCCAACUUGACCACGCCCCAUACAGGUGCCAUCACUAAUUUGGCUGUGCGAGAGACAACUGUCGUUACCGUAGGUGCCGACAAGCGCAUUUCCGUCUUGGACAUUGGCUCUGGCGAAGUCCAAGCGCAGCUCUAUGGCCACUCUUGGACCAUUUUUGGGCUGGAUCUCAGUGCCGAGUGGCUGGUGACUGGCGGCGGCAUUUGGGAUAAACGUGCCCUCGUUUGGGAUCUAGCUGCGGCCAAAACUCACCCGACUCAGGGCCGAUCUGGUCCAGAGGGCUUUGGCCAAGGCAUCAUGGGUACCUGCUGGCUGCAAGGAACCCGCUUACUCCUCACCACGGGCCAAUUCGGCCCCCGCGGCGUUUACCUCUGGCACUACCCCGCACUCUCGCUGCACAGUCGAUUAUGCAAUGCCGACGGCUCGCCCUUUGUGGCCUUGGGCUAUAACCCCGUCGAGCUGGCCGACGGACGCCUGGUCAUUGCCGACGCCAGAGGACAAUUGGCCGUUUUCACCCACGACCGUGCCACAGAUGUUUAUACGCGGCUCGCAGAGGGGCUGGCUCAGGCGGCAGUAUCAUCGCGAGUUGUGACGAGUAGCUUGGCUGCCUUUCCGGAUGGCCGUCACCUGGCGUUCAGCGGCAAUGGCCUGCAUAUUGUGGAUGCCUUUGACGAUGAACAGGUCGCCACGGCCGGCAACGUCAACGGUCAGCAAAUGCGAGUGAGCCAGAGCGCUCGGCGCCUGGCCAUCUCCACAAAAGGCAAGGUGGAAAUUUAUCAAUGCGAGCCUCUUCAACUGCUGGGGGAGGUCAGCGCACCCGCAGGCGUUCCCAACUCGACCAUUUACGGCAUAGACAUCAGCCUUGAUGAUACAACCCUGGCCGUUGCUUUUCACGACGGACUCGUGGUGUUGUGGGAUUUGCACACGUUCUCGCUUCGUGGUACUUUGCAGCAUACGGAUCGCGUAUAUGCCGCCGUGUUUUGCGGCGACGGUCGUCAUCUGGCUUGCGCUGGUGACGAUCAAACGGUCACAAUUUGGCAUUUUCAUCGGCAGGAGCCGGUUGCCCGUCUGUUUAUCGGUGCCUCAAUUGGUGCAUUGCUACGCGGUCCUGGUGGAGAGCUGGUGGCUGGGGAUGAUGCCGGAGCCAUCCACCGUCUGCUGCCACCGCAUGAGAAGCUGGUGUGCACGGCUGCACAGCGCUGGAACGAGCUUGCCGGCCACUACGAGGCCACAGUGGUAUGUCCGUGGACGCGUCAGCCCAUCCCGUUGCCGGCGCCAAUGAUUGCAGACUUUAGCCAAGGUACGGCUCGUAUGCAGGACAUGGCCUCACCGCUGGCGCCGGAGCAACCGGCUUUCUCGUUGUUGCCGAUCAUCGCUUUGGUCCCGGGUACGAUGACGGUGGAAGACAUUGCACGCGACAUGCUGGAACAAUUUCGAGGCCAGCUGGCCCCGCAACAUGCGGGCCUGGCCGACGGACCUCUGGCUUUUGUUCGCUAUACACAUGGCAAAGAUCAGGGAAAGCUAGCCUGGUUGCCAAGCAAAGAUGUACUGCGCACCUCCCACCCCUUGACACCCGCCGAGGGCCAGGCAAGCGCUGAAGGGACGCGCGUUGUGGCUCGCCAUCCGCUGUUUGAGUCAGCAUGGGACGCCAGUCUCUCUGGGCAGACCAAUGGAAACGAGGGUCAUGUCAUCUUUGACGACGGUGAUCAACGCUGGGUGGUUUGGGACUUGAUUUACAAGGCCUUUCUGCUGGAAAGGCUUUUAUUUGUUGAGCACAGUCUCAUCUCACGUUUACGUUGA